UCCAAGGCAGCCAACAUGGCACGGUGGCUGCUGAACUCCUGUAUCCUGCUGCUCCUGGCAGUGGGCAGCUUGCAGGCGCGCCUGAUCCCCCAAUUGUCCUCCGACGACGACUUCCAGCUGGAGACCAAGGGCUCCGCCCUGUUUAUCGCUCCCCGCGUGGACGACAACAGCGAGGGCAACUACCGACUGCCGAACAACACGGAGCCGGAGUCCUACAACGUGGAGCUGUGGACCAAUGUCCACACCGGCGACAACCAGUUCAACGGCACCGUCAAGAUCAAUCUGCGCGUGCUGGAAACCUCCGCGGAAAUAAAGUUGCACUACCGCCAGACCUCGAACUUCGUGGCCUCGAUCAUCAGCCGGGAUAAUGCCACUGCCACGGCAAUCCCACUCACCGUGGCCACCGAACUGCAGCGCGAGUUCCUCAUCCUGACGCCGACAGACAGCUCAGUGUCCUUCCUCGCAGACACCAACUGGACUCUGACCAUCAACUACAAUGGCACCCACCGCACGGACAUGGGCGGUUUCUACCUCUCCAGCUACACGGAUGACGACAACCAGCAGCACUUCCUGGCCACCACACAAUUCGAGAGCACCAACGCCCGUCACGCCUUCCCCUGUUACGAUGAACCCGCUCGAAGGGCCAACUUCAACAUCACCAUCCACCACGAUCCUUCCUACACGGCCGUGAGCAACAUGCCCGUGGAUGAAGCCGCCAGCAGCGCCGGAAUCACUGUUUUCCAGUCGACACCCAAGAUGUCCACCUACUUGGUGGCCUUCAUCGUGUCCGACUUCGAGUCCACCACCGGCGAACUGAAUGGCCUGCGCCAGCGGGUCUUCUCCCGCAAGGGAAAGCAGGACCAGCAGGACUGGGCCCUCUUGUCGGGAUUGGUGGUGGAGGACAGUCUGGCCGGCUACUUCGGCGUUCCCUUCGCUUUGCCCAAACUCGAUCAGGCUGGCAUUCCGGACUUCUCGGCGGGAGCCAUGGAGAACUGGGGACUGGCCACGUACCGCGAGCAGUACAUGUGGUGGAACAAGGAGAACUCGACGAUCAACCUGAAGACGAACAUCGCCAACAUCAUUGGCCACGAGUUCGCGCACAUGUGGUUUGGCGACUUGGUCUCCGUGAAAUGGUGGACCUACCUGUGGCUCAAGGAGGGCUUCGCCACCCUCUUCUCGUACGAGUCGAACGACAUCGCCUUCCCCGAGUGGGACACCUACCAGAUCUACCACGUGAACGACUACAACAGCGCCCUGCUCAACGACGCCCUCGCCUCCGCCGUUCCCAUGACGCACUACGUCCAGACGCCCAACGAGAUCUCCAACCGGUACAACACCUUCUCGUACGCCAAGCCCGCCAGCGUGCUCUUCAUGUUCAAGAACGCCUGGACGGACAAGGUCUUCCGCACCGGACUGAACAAGUACCUGACCAAGAACCAAUUCACCUCCUGCGAUGAGUGGGAUCUGUUUGCCGCCUUCCAGGAGUCGGCCGACGAGCUGGGCCUCUCGCUGCCCACCUCGGUGUACAACAUCUUCAGCAGCUGGUCCCACCAGGCGGGCUACCCCCUGCUCACCGUGACCCGCAACUACCAGACCGGCGCCAUCACGAUCACCCAGAAGCGCUACGUGGCGGACAAGAACGACGCCAACGUGGCCACCUGGUACGUGCCCGUGAACUUCGCCACUGCCUCGAAGUGGGACUACCGCGACACGAGUGCCUCCCACUACCUGCUCAACGUGACGGAGACCGUGAUCUCGGAUGUCUCCGUGUCCAGCGAUGAGGCUCUGCUGGUGAACAUCAAUAACGCCUACUACUACCGCACAAUAUACGACACCCAGAACUACGAGCUAAUCGCCGCGCUUCUGAAGAGCCAACCCUGGAAGAUCCCCCCACGCAACCGAGCUCAACUCUUGUACGACACGUACAUCUUUGUGAACACGGACCGCGUGAGCCACACCAUCCUGCUGCAGCUCCUGGGCUACCUGGAGAACGAGCAGCAGUACGCUCCCUGGUCGACGGCCAACACCAUCCUGACCGUCUACGAUCGCUACUUGCGCGGCGACAACUCCUACUCGUACUUCCAGCGGUUCGUGCAGCAGCUGAUCGAUCCCAUCUUCGCCCAGAUCGGCGUCAACGAGAUUCCCGGGGAGCACUACCUGAACAACUACCUCCGCAUCGUGCUGGUCAGCCUGGCCUGCCAGGUGGGCUCCAGCGAGUGCUACAGCCGGUCGGCCACCAAGCUCUCCGAGUACCUCUACAACGGCACCCACAUCGAGGCCACUCUGAGAACCCAGGCCUACUGCGCCGGUCUCCGCUCCACCACGAACACCGUCUACAGCAGGGUGCAGUCUGACCUGCUCUCCUCCACGGACUCCACCGAUCGCAGCCUGUUCAUCUCCUCGCUGGGCUGCUCGCAGACGAAUUCCCAGCUGAUUGAGUUCCUAAGCCUUUCCCUGGCCUCGACCAACAGCCUCUCCUACUCGGAGCGCACCUCCCUGCUGAACUCGGCCUACUCCCGCAGUGAAAUCGGUCUCAUCGCCAGCUUGGACUUCCUGGAGGUCAACUGGCAGGCAUAUGCCCAGCUGUCCACGACCGCCAAGCCUCUGGAUUCCGCCCUGCGAGGAAUUGCCACCUACGUGGUCAGCGAGACGCAGAAGACAAGGCUCAAUGCCUUGGUGGAUACUGUUAAGGCCAGUGGAGGCGAUUACCUCAACGACGAUCUGAGCACCACCAUCGACUCCAGAAUACAGGCCAACUUCGAUUGGCUGGACGUGAACCGCGAUCCCCUGCUCGGCUGGAUCGAGGAGUCCUUCGCGGAGGGCGGCAGUCGCUCUCUGGGAUCGUCCUUCGCCACGAUCCUGAUCAGUGCGAUGGCUCUGCUGCUCUUCAGGCUAUUUUAGGCUAAGUCAUGUGGUCAAGUAUUAGACAUAAAUUCAGUAAAAAACAGUAAAACAACAUGAAUCACGGUU